CUGCCCCAGUCACAUCAGCUGUUGAGUUGACAGUGACAUUGUUUUGUUGCUCGCUGGCAGUUGCCUGGGGUGAAGUGGACGGUUUUAUUUCACCUGACUCUUGGGAUUUUCUUUGAUUUUAAUUAAAACUUUUAGGCAAUAAUUUUCGGUCGUAUUUAGUCACCGGGUGAACCUUGACAUGACUGCGGAAACGUUUGACUUGGAAAAAAUCCUCCGCCUUUUUGAGAGGAGUCUCCACAGCGAUGAUGACGUGCUCAUGGACGAAUACUUGGAAGGCUACAAAGAAAUUAGCAAAUUUUUUCACUUGAUGGGUUCAGUGUUUAGUUUCGUAAGCAGCGAUGUUAAGAGCAAAAUAGAAAUAUUAGAAGAAUUUAGAUCGAAAGAUAACGCCGAAAAAUUCGUAAGCUUUCGAGGUAUGAUCGAGUAUGAAAAACAUGAAAAUCUGCUAACGAAGCCAAAUUACGUAUCCGGAAGCAGAACACUCCUCCGACUUCAUCGCGGACUAGAUUUCAUUAGAGAAUUUUUAGGCCAACUGCCUAAUUUAUCACCCAACGAAAAGGCUACUGCCGUCUGCCAAGCAGCUUACAAUGGCACGUUGGCCAAACAUCAUCCGUGGAUUGUUCGUAAAAGUGCAGUAGUUGCCAUGUAUGCGAUGCCAACACGCGAAGAUUUGCUCAAGAAAGUUUGUAUUGACGCUGAUAAGGCAAUUGCUGUUUUACCCGAUUGGCUUAACGUCACGAAAAUGGUUUACGAUCGAACGGAAAAUUUAUAUACAGUAUAUGACUUACAUAGUCUACCCUAAAUUGGUAUUAGUUAGUUUUUGAGAUUUCAUUCUAAAUUUUUAGGAUAAUUUUUUGAGGAAAUUGUAUGAAAAGACAGCGAGCCGUUUUUAUUGUGAUCAUAUCUAACUCAAAAACUAGAACAUUCCUUUUUAUCAAUGCGAGCUUUUAGAUGAAAAAUCUAAACCGAAGAUUUGCUAACUAGCUGACAUCUUGCUUUAUUUUUCAAAUUUUACUUACAUUAAUUUAGUGCAAUCUAGAGCAGCUGGAGAGUCGAUUUUUUCAAUUUGCUUUUCCAAAUUGCAUUGUGGUCUUCUUCAACUUCUAUAAAUGAUAAGCUAAGUUCUAAUAUGAGACGUAAUAAACUAUUGAAAGGAUCGUAAAG